AUGGGAGAAAGAGGAAAAAGUUCAGAUACUGAUCAAGAAAAUAAGUCAGGCAAACACCGUUACUCUUAUAGUUCAUCUGAUUUUGGAACUACACCACAGUCUUCUGGCGAGUCGUCACUGGUCAAUCCAGCUUCACCCACAAAUACUAAAAGAGAAAUUUCAGAGAACAAAGUGCAUCAUCAAGCCCCUAGGAAGCCAAGCCCUAAGGGCCCACCAAACAGAAAGGGAGUCCGAGUGGGAUUUCGCUCUCAUAGCCUCAAUAGGGAGCCAAUUCAGAAAGAUUCAGAUCUUGUCACAAAGCGUGUUCUUUCUGCAAGACUGCUAAAAAUCACUGAAUUGCAGAAUGAGGUAACUGAACUCCAGGUCAAGUUAGCUGAGCUGCUGAAAGAAAACAAGGCUUUGAAAAGGCUUCAGUACAGACAGGAGAAGGCCCUGAAUAAGUUUGAAGACGCAGAAAAUGAAAUCUCACAACUUAUUGCUCGUCAUAACAAUGAGAUUACAGCACUCAAAGAACGUUUAAGAAAAUCUCAAGAGAAAGAACGGGCAACUGAGAAAAAGGUGAAAGAUACAGAAGGUGAACUAUUUAGGACAAAACUUUCCUUACAGAAACUGAAAAAGAUCUCUGAAGCUAGACACUUACCUGAACGAGAUGAUUUGGCAAAGAAACUAGUUUCAGCAGAGUUAAAAAUAGAUGACACUGAGAAAAAAAUUAAGGAACUGUCAAAAAACCUUGAGCUAAGUACUAACAGUUUCCAACGGCAGUUAUUUGCUGAAAGGAAAAAGGCACUUGAGGCUCAUGAUGAAAAUAAAGUUCUUCAGAAGGAACUACAACAACUAUAUCACAAAUUAAAGGAAAAAGAGAGAGAACUAGAUAUAAAAAAUAUAUAUUCCAAUCGUCUGCCAAAGUCCUCUCCAAAGAAAGAAAAGACAUCGACAAAAAAUGCUGCAUGCCAGAGUGAUUUUACAGACCAGUGUACAACAGGAGUACAAACCAAUGAAGACUUCAUACUGGAAGAAUUUCCUAUACCACAAACAGGUGUGUGUUAUGAAAACACAUGGGAAGAACCUGAACAUCUUACUUUGGGUCUGGAAUCUCAGGAGAGAAAUGAACACAAAGAAGCCAAGACUCUAAACCCAGUUGUGAAAAGAGAAGAAAAACUCAUUAAAGAUCAAAGACUUGAUGUUGUACAACAGGAGGUUCAAAAGCUGGAGGAUGAGUGGGUAAGCACAGACCCUGCUAAAAAGCAAAAUGAAAAGACUUCUCUAUUUGAGAGAGGAGAAAAGCCAGCUCUGGAAACUGGAAGAUACCAAAUGGAUACAUAUCAAAUUCAAAAUAUUGAUAUAUUGGAAGAAGAGGAAGAAGACAGGUUGAAGAGAGAAAUACUACUUGCUAAGCUGAAUGAAAUCAACAGAGAACUCCAGGAUUCUCAGAAUCUAAAAUGCCCUCCUCUGCCAUUGCUACCUGAUUUAGAAUCAAAACUGCAUUCCCCCAAAAGAAGCCCCCAGACGUACAUGUUCUCUGACACCUCAAAGAGAUUAUUUAAUGAGCUUCACUUUCAAGAUAUCAGUCCUUUAACCACAAAAAGAGAUGGUCAGAAUUCAGGAGAAAUGAGAAGCCCAGCUUCUUCUGAUGAGCUUGCAUUUGGUAGCUAUGUGCCUUCAUUUGCAAAAAUGUCAGGGAGGUUAGAUCCAUUUAGCCCCAAAAGUGACCUCUUGGAUUUCCAAGGAAAUAGUACAGAGAAACUUGGGAAAGACAGUGUAGAUUUCAUUACAAGAAAAGAGAAAAAGGCUAAUCUGAUGGAACAGCUGUUUGGUGCCAGUGGCGGCAGCACCGUUUCCUCUAAAAGCAGCGACCAAAAUUCUCUGGCUACUAGCAAAGGAGACUUUGGCCCUCUAAAUCUUCUCCCACGGGGUAAAAGCAGCAAGGGUAGAGAAUAUAAUGAAGAUGAUAAUUUUUUUUUGAGCGAAGGAAGAAGUUUUAAUGCGAAUAGCAGAUUAAAACAUGCAAACGAUAAACCAGCAGUAAAAGUAGUUGAUUCUGUAGAAGAUGAAAUUGAACAAGUAGCACUGAGAUGACAGACUAUAAUAUACCUUUUUCCAGUUGUAAAUAUUAAAAUAUUUUAAUACAGUAUUUAUUAUAAACAUUUAGAUUUUCUAAUUUAAUUAAAAUAUCUUUAUUAAGGAAUGAUUUUUAAUACAAGUACAAAGAAUCCUCACACAUCAUAGCUAAUUGGCCAAGAAUUAACAGAUGUAUCUUAACUUGUUUUUCACUUUUUAUUUACAAGUAGUCUUUACCUCUUAAGACAGUGCUCGGGGAAUUCUUCCUCUGUUGGAACUUAGUAAUUUCCUGUGUUGACAUCUAUUUAUUUUUGGUCAUAUCCUUACUGAGCUGAGUACAGCUUUCCUACUGAUAGAAAAUGGAAAUUAAGGGUUAAGUGCCUUCUGUUGGCCAAUUGCAGCUCCAGGGUAGUGGCAAUCCAGUGCUAUUUAGAACCCUGUCUUCUAGAUGAGGGCCGGGGUCCCUUACAUGGCAAGACUGCUACUCUCAAGUGAAAGCAGUGACAACGUUGGGAUUUCAUAUUCUUCUGGAAGUAUCCCAGAGUUAAAUGCUACUCAUUUCCCAAUUACAAAUCUCAUGAAAUCACUUACCUAUAUCUGCACUAACAUGCUAGGUUGAAUUAGGAAGACAUUUGUCUAUUUGCAUGUGCAAGUCCCCGGUCAUGGCUCCCAGAGCUUUA